AUGCAGAGCUUCCUGCAGCUGCUGAGGGGAAGCGGAGGUGCUGGCCUGCCCUUGGCGGACCUGGUGACCCUCGCAGGCAGGCUGUGCCGGGAGGUCCAGGACGAUCCCGCCCAGGUGCAGACCUUGGUCACGGCCGUGCUGGACAGCCAGCUCCGCCUGUACCUCUUGGACAACGCGGAUGUGGCCCUGGUGUGCGCCAGCAUGCUGGCCCAGCAGGAGCAGAACCGGGCUGCCUGCCAGCUGCUAGAGGGAUGCCGGGUGCCGGGUGGCAGCCUGAAGCUGGUGCAGCUCUGGAAUGACAUCCACUACCGUCUGGUCAUGAAGAGGCUCGGUGUGGCCACGCUGACUCCGGUGCAGAAGUUCCGGUGCAGGAAGAGGAACCCACCGCCCGCCUCCCUCUGCCCUGACGGCCUCAAGAGCCGGAACUUCCCCAGAGAAGUUCGCCAGAAGCUGCAGGAGUUUGCUUCGGGUGUGAGCACCAACCCCAGCAAGGCCGAGCGGGAGGACCUGGCUUCGGAGACGCGCUUGACCACUGAGCAGAUCUACAACUGGUUCGCCAAUUACCGGCGGCGCCAGAGGGCCCUUGUGCAGCGCGCGGCGCUAGCCCGGGACUCGGCGGAGGACCGCACCGCGAGGGAGGCCGGCCCGAGCCCCCCGCAGCCCACAGGCCAGCCCCACCUUGGCUCUGGGUGCGUGGACAGGCCUCAGUGGUCGGCAGGACCUGAGGAAAGUGGGUCUGUACAGACCCAGGAGACCACCCAAGGGCCGUGGGAGCCACUGGUCCUGGCCCCAGACUUCUCUGGAGACGAGACCAUGCCAAAGUCACUGGCUCCCAGCAGCAACGCCCGGAGCACAUACCUGGAGGAGGGUCCAGGUACCAGCGGUGGCCAAGCGGAGCCACAGGCGAGCGGCUUCCUGGUGCCCCGGCUUCCACUGCAGGCUCCCGAGUUCACCCUCACCCAGAGCCCCCUGGAGCUGGCCCCGGCCCCGCCUGCCUUCCCUGGCCCCGUGCCAGCCAUGGACUUGGGCCAGCCCAUGCCCUCCAGCCAGGUGCAGUGGCCCGAUGGCCAGACCUCCAGCGACGCCUUCUGGGGAGCCAGGAUGCUCCUUGAGCUUUCAGGGGGCAGCCUGGGCUGA